AUGGCCACUAACAUCCCGAUCAUCGACUUCAACAAGGCCUCCUCGUCGCCGGAUCAGGUGGCAAGAGAGCUGCUCAAGGCCUGCACCGAUUGGGGCUUCUUCUACGUCAAAAACCACCCAAUACCUCAAGAUGCAAUUGGCGGGAUAUUUGACCUGGAAAGACAGUUCUUUGCUCAACCGCUCUCGGCCAAGUUAGAAGCACCCUACGUUGCCUCGAAAAAUGCCGGCUACAAACCUGCCAGCUCGUAUGGGGCGGAUGGCAGAUUCACAGAUCCUCGUGAAGCGAUCAGCAUCAACAAGUGGCCGACGACCGAGCAUUCUGCCGCAGCACGUCUUCCUCCUGUCCUCUCUGAAGCGCGGCAGCAGAUAUUCGCCUUUCAACAAGACGUCCGCGAAUUCACCAAGCAGCUCCUUGAACUCAUCGCGUUAGCGCUCGACCUUCCCAGUACGACGUUCGCACAAUACCAUGGUCCGGAGAAGGAGAACUUCGAUAAUUUCGAGCUGAUGCAUUACCCGCCCGUCAUCCCUGGGUCAGAGACGUCCGAGGGGAUUCCAGUAUUCCGCAUCUCGCCUCACACAGACUGGGGAACACUGACCCUCCUCUUCCAAACCACCGUUGGAGGUCUUGAGGUGCGUCCGCCCAAGUACACCUCGCCGGACUUGUCUCUGGACACCGAGACGUGGACGCCAGCGCCUGCUCUUCCGGACUUAAUCCUCGUGAACAUCGGAGACAUGCUCGAGUUCUGGACGGCAGGGAAGUUGAAGAGCACUUGGCACCGCGUCGUCCCUACCGCGGCGGAAGGCGGGCUGGAUCGGUACACGUUUGCAUAUUUCUUGCAUCCUGACAAGAACGCCGUUCUCGUCCCAAUGCAUGGGAUGGAAAAGCAAGGCUGGGUGCCGAGAUAUGCUGGGGAGGGAAGGACAGCAGAGGAACACAUCCAUGCGCGGAUCGAAGGCGUGCAUGGCAAAAACAGAAUGGCAGCCAAGAGUGAGGAUAAGAAGUUCGCCGUCCUCGAAAGCGGCGCGGGAGAAAUCGAUGCCCGCGCAUGA